AUGUCCCUCUUCGGCGAUGACGACCUCCCCAGCCGCAACACUCGCACCUCGGCCCUCUUCGACGACGAGCCCAACACCGCUCUCCGCACCUCCGACCGCCCCGCCGGCAACGCACCCGCCGGCCUCUUUGCAGACGAUGACCUCACUGCCUCUGGCACCGACUCGCCGUGGGCGUUCCCAUCCCCCAAAAAAGCCGGCGGCCGCACAAGGGGAGAGCUCGUCAGGGAGCUGCUAAGAGGCGAGGAGGUGCCGGAGAGCUAUGUCGAUGCUUAUGACAGCCUUCUGGUUGCAGAGGGCGCGAAGCAGGGAGGAGGCGUCGGGGUUGAGGCCGUGAGGAGGUUGUUUGGGGAGAGUGGGAUGAGCGAGGAGGUGGUGAAUAGGGCACUGGAGAUUGUGGCGCCGGGCGGGAAGACGCCGGAGGGGGGAUUCGGUAGGGCGGAGUUUAACGUCGCGGUUGCGCUUGUGGGAUUGGCGGUUGAGGGGGAGGAGAUGACGCUUGAUGGGGUGGAUGAGAGGAGGAAGGAACAGGAGCGGCCGCAAAGCGCCGUCGGCGCCGACGCCCCCGCAACGCCGUCCAAGCCGCAGCAGAAACAGCCAGCAUCAGUAAAGGCGAACACUCGGAAACAAUCAUUCGGCACUCUAGAGGCGGAUCCCUGGAAUAGCCCUGACCUGCAUCGCGGCCAUGCGCAUCAGAACCAGACGCCCGCUACGAAUGGAUUGCAUCCACCGAACGGAACGCAAAGGACGACUAGCAGCUUCACUACAUCUGAACAGCGAAACCCGACGCCUGUCAAUGAGCCUGCUGCACCGCCGCAGGCCUCAACCGGCAGCUAUGGAUCUGGUUGGGGCGGCGAUACUACCACGGCGGAGGAGGGUUUCUCGCACCAAGGCAUGAGUGGUGGGUUUGGAGGAGAUGCUCCGGCCGGUGAAAUCAGCGGCAACGCGAAUGGCCCCCGGCGCGCGAUAGGCGGCGGCAGGGUAAGCCGCGGGGCUGAAGAAGUUGUCACUGUGACGGCGAUACAGGAGAAGGAAGGCGUAUUCCUGUUCCAGCACCGGAACUAUGAAGUCGCGAGCGCGAGGAGGAACAGCAAAGUCAUCAGGAGGUAUAGCGACUUUGUGUGGCUGCUGGAUUGUCUGCACAAGAGAUACCCCUUCCGACAACUGCCGCUGUUGCCGCCGAAAAGAGUUGCUAUCAACGGCAACUACCUAGCAGCUGACGCCUCAUUCAUCGAGAAGCGCCGCCGCGGCCUCGCCCGCUUCACCAAUGCCCUCGUCCGCCAUCCAGUCCUCUCUCAGGAACAGCUCGUAGUGAUGUUCCUCACGGUUCCGACGGAGCUCGCCGUCUGGCGCAAACAAGCGACCAUCUCCGUCCAAGAAGAGUUCGCGGGCAAGACCCUCCCGCCCACACUCGAGGACUCGCUACCUCCAACCCUGCAAGACACAUUCGACACUGUCCGCUCCGGCGUCAAACGCUCGGCCGAGAUGUACAUCGGCCUGUGCAACAUGAUGGAGCGGCUGUGCAAGCGCAACGAGGGUAUCGCGGUCGAGAACGCGCGCUUCUCGCAAGCGUUGCAGAAGCUGACCGAAGUGACGAAGGAUACUUACGCCAUCGACACGAACGACGUCCCGCUGUUGAAUCAGGGCCUCAGUAGCACGGCCAAACACCUUUCGGCGAGCCAGAGUCUGCUGGAGGAUGAGGCUCGCGCGUGGGAUGAGGGCGUGCUGGAGGAUCUGAAAAUGCAGAGGGAUUGUCUGGUUGCGAUGAGGGAUCUGUUCGAGAGGAGGGACAGGCUGGCGAAGGAUAACAUCCCUCAGCUUGAGAAGCGCAUACAGAGUAACGAGAACAAGUUGCAGGGGCUGAGGUCGAGGCCGGAGGGGGCGGGGAAGCCGGGGGACGUGGAGAAGGUGGAGGAGGCGAUUGUCAGAGAUAAGCAAUCUAUUGUUAAUCAACACGCCCGCGGUGUCUUCAUCAAGGAGUGCGUCAGGGAUGAGCUGCUUUUCUUCCAGCAGUCACAGUAUCAUGUAAGCAGAUUGCAUCAGGACUGGAGUCAGGAGCGGGUCAAGUACGCAGAGCUCCAAGCCGACAAUUGGAGAGCGUUGAGCGAGGAAGUCGAGGGAAUGCCGUUGGGGGAUUAG